CUCGCCAGAGGAGGCUGGAGGUGCUCACGGCAGCGGAGACGGAGCCGUGACUGACUGUGAGCUGCCGGUGGCGACACACGAGCGAGCUCGCGCGCAAUUAGCUCGUUCGUCUCCGUUCUGCAGUCGGCGCAGAGGCACGUGAGCGCUGCGAAGGACAAAACCGACAAAGCAUGAAGGAAAAUGAGGAGGAGAAAAUGAGCUGGAGCCCAGAGAAGAACAGCAGCCGUUCAUCACUGCGGCCUUGAAUACAUCUGCAUAAACAAAGUGCAGUGACUGAGCAGAAAGCUGGAGCUUCCCUCACGCGUCGCACACGCAGGGGCCGGUUCGACAGCAGCUCCUCAGACGCGUCAUCGCCACCGAACCAGGUGUUUUGCCGGACUCAGCAUGUGGCGCCGUGGCCUCGAGGCCGGUGGAUCCGGGCCGAGGUCCGGAGCGCCGGCGCCGGCGCCGAGCGGCUGCUCCGCGGCACGGCUGCCGGGUCCCUGAACGCACCAUGGCCCCCGCUGACAACGUGAGCUGCUCCAACUGCAGCGGCGCCGGCGCCGCCCCGGAGGUGGACGUGGCCAAGGCGGUGGCGCUGGGGGCGGUGCUGCUGCUGUUCGCCGUGUUCGGCGUCCUGGGCAACGUCCUGGUCAUCCUGUCCGUGCUGCUGCACCGCCACUGGCGCUCGGUCACGCACUACUUCAUCGCCAACCUGGCGGCGGCCGACCUGCUGCUCAGCGCCGCCGUGCUGCCCUUCUCCGCCACCUCGGAGGCGCUGGGCCGCUGGGUGUUCGGCCGCUCCUUCUGCAGCGCCUGGGCCGCGCUGGACGUGCUGUGCUGCACCGCCUCCAUCCUCAGCCUGUGCGUGAUCUCCAUCGACCGCUACCUGGCCGUCAGCUUCCCGCUGCGGUACCCGGCGCUGGCCACGGGCCGGCGCGGCCUGGCGGCGGUGGCGGCGCUGUGGGCGCUGUCGGCGGCCAUUUCGGUGGGGCCUCUGUUCGGCUGGAAGGAGCCCGAGCCCGAGGACGAGAGCGUGUGCCGCAUCACGGAGGAGCCGGGCUACGCCCUGUUCUCGGCGCUGGGCUCCUUCUACAUCCCGCUGGGCGUCAUCCUGGCCAUGUACUGCCGCGUGUACACGGUGGCCAGGGGGAAGGGCAGCGAGGGCCGAGAGGUGGAGGGGGUGACGCUGCGCAUCCACCGGGGGCGGCGGGGGGACGGGGGGGGCGCCGGCAGGCAGAAAGGCGCCGCCUUCUCGCUGCAGAGGCUGCUGAGGCUGUCGGGGGAGGAGAAGGCGGCCAAGACGCUCGGCAUCGUGGUCGGCUGCUUCGUCCUGUGCUGGCUGCCCUUUUUCCUGGUUUUACCCAUCGGAUCCAUCUUCCCGUCCUGGAAGCCCUCGGAAACCGUCUUCAAAAUCACAUUCUGGCUGGGGUACCUCAACAGCUGCAUAAACCCCAUCAUCUACCCCUGCUUCAGCCGGGAAUUCAAGGCGGCCUUCCACAGCGUGCUCCGUGGCCGCUGCCUCAAGGCCUCCAAACCACACGUGCACCUGGGCUCCCGCCGCAGCUCGGGCCCCGCGUCCGCUACCACCCACAGCCCAGCGGCGCCGGGCUCCCCGCGGUGCUGCUUCAGGGCCCUGUCGACCUCCUCGUCAUCUGCAGCCGGCGCGGAUCAGACUCAGGGGGCACAGAAGCAGAGCAAGAGCCUUCUGAAGGCGUGGUGUUUCUCAGCCAGACAGACCCCCGUUCCCCCGAACGCCUCCGGACACGGAUCAACCAAGGUUUUGAACAUUUCUCUAGGAAUUAUGGGAGAGGAUGUUUGAUGCGGAGGCGAGACUGGACUUCUGUCCCUAUAUUUAUAAUCCUCAGAGGCAUCAGCUGUGGGGUCGUGGUCCCUUCAGAGCACACGGCAGGUGACUGUUAGAAGGCUUCAUGCUGGGUUGAAGUCAGUGUCAAAUAAGAUAUGACUAUGAAGACAAAUGAAGGACAUUUUGUCUAGUGAGCGGCUUCUACACGGCACCAAAUGUCAAAACGUUCAUGAGGAGCUGCUCAGAGGCCAAGAGUGAAAUAUGAGCCUGCAGCAGGAGACAGCUGGAAAAGCCCUGAUGCUCUUUGUUUCAAAAUUAAAGCCAAAAAUCCUUUUUGCAAUUAUGCACAGCAGGUCAGGAGAGAUCGGCAUGGGAUGAAAGAGCAGAGAGAUGAGACUGAGACGCCGUUGUAACAAGUCAAACGCGGCAGCUUUGAACGCUUUGCACAAAAGGACUUAAGGCUGAAACGCUCAGAGCAGAAGUAUUAGCGUGGACGUGAGCGUGCUGCAUGUGAGCGAUGCUUAAAAGCACCUCAGCACUAAAAUCUAUCACAAAGAUGAGUGUUAUUAAUGCAUGACAGCGAUGCUUCACAGCAGCUUGUGUGGUUCUCGCCACAGAAUCAUUAAAGCGUGGAUUCAGCCUUCAGUGUUUGACAUCACGGCCUGUGCUGCAAAAUAAAUCAGAUGUUGGUGAA